ACAGUGACUUUGUCCCUCCCUCUGCUUCUCCAACUUGCAAUGCGGUGUCCCCUCUCAUUCCUUUCAGAAUCUCUGCCUACAAAACCAACAACUCCCUCACCACUUUCCACACUCACUUUCAACCCUUUCAAAAGCUAAACCUUCUUUUACCUCAUCUUCUCCAUAGCUGCUACCUGCAAAGCUUCAGAAAUGGAUGGGAAGCUAAGUUGUAGAGUGGCUGAUGCUGUGGAUUACAAAGGCUUUCCUGCAGAUAAGUCUAAGACUGGUGGUUGGAUUCCUGCUGCUCUUAUUUUAGGUAUUGAAAUAUGUGAAAGGCUGUCAACAAUGGGAAUAGCAGUGAAUCUUGUGACGUACAUGAGUGGGGUAAUGCAUCUACCCAGCGCUGCUUCAGCCAACAUCGUUACAGAUUUCAUGGGCACUUGCUUUCUCCUUUCUUUGCUUGGAGGCUUUCUUGCUGAUUCUUUCCUGGGCCGAUACUAUACCAUUCUCAUCUCUGCUUCAAUUCAAACACUGGGAACUGCUGCACUUGCAAUUACAACAAAACUGCCACAGCUUCGUCCGCCGCCGUGUGAUGGCACCAAGACCUGUAAGGAAGCAAAUGGGUUUCAAAUGGGAAUUCUGUACCUGACUCUGUAUCUCAUUGCUUUGGGGACGGGUGGACUAAAAUCAAGCAUUUCGGGCUUUGGAACCGACCAGUUUGAUGAGAAAGAUGAGAAGGAAACGACUAAGAUGGCCUUUUUCUUUAACAGAUUCUUUUUCUUUAUCAGCACUGGAACACUGAUGGCAGUCACUGUGCUGGUUUACAUUCAAGAUGAAGUGGGUCGGAGUUGGGCUUAUGGGAUUUGUUCUGUCUCAAUGUUUGUCGCCAUUUUGUUGUUCUUGUCGGGGACCAAGCGGUACAGAUACAAGAAGAGCAUGGGAAGCCCUGUAAUUCACAUUCUCCAAGUCAUUUCUGCUGCAAUCAAAAACAGGAAACUGGAGCUUCCUCACAAUGUUGCUUUGCUUUAUGAGGAUUCUUCUGAGCAUGCUACAAGAAUCCAGCACACAAAACAAUUCCAGUUCUUGGACAAGGCUGCAAUUGUUGCAGAAGGAGAUUCAGCUCAAAAUCCAUGGAAGCUAAGCUCAGUGACAAGAGUGGAGGAGGUGAAAAUGGUGGCAAGACUGCUGCCUGUAUGGGCCACAACCAUACUCUUCUGGACUAUAUAUGCUCAGAUGAUCACUUUCUCAGUUGUACAAGCAUCCACCAUGGAAAGAACAAUAGGGUCAUUCCAAAUCCCAGCAGGCUCUCUCACUGUCUUCUUUGUUGCAGCUAUACUCAUCACACUGGGUGUUUAUGACCGUCUUAUUAUGCCUCUAUGGAAGAAAUGGAAAGGAAAACAAGGUUUCACAAACAUACAGAGAAUGGCCAUAGGCCUUGUCCUGUCAAUACUUGGAAUGGCAGCUGCAGCAGUAGCCGAGAGGAAACGGCUAGCAGUGGCAAAAGCAGUGGGUGACAACACAGCUACUCUGCCUGUAACGGUGUUCCUGUUGAUCCCACAGUUUUUCUUGGUGGGUUCAGGUGAAGCCUUCAUAUACACUGGGCAGCUUGAUUUCUUCAUAACCAAUUCUCCCAAAGGGAUGAAAACUAUGAGUACCGGUCUGUUCCUCUCCACUUUAUCACUCGGGUUUUUCAUCAGCAGUUUCUUGGUUUUGGUUGUGAAGAGGGUGACAGGAAACGAUGGACAAGGUUGGCUCGCAGACAAUAUAAACUACGGCAGACUUGACUGCUUCUAUGGACUACUGACCAUAUCAAGUGUGAUCAACUUUGUUGCUUUUCUGGUUUGUGUUAACCGGUACAUUCCGCAAGAAGGCAAAGACUCGCAGAAGAACCACAACUUGGCUGAAGAGAAAUGCUAGUGGGAGCUAUGAAAACUAAGUAAUGCCUUGUGCUUUUCCUUUCAAUUCUCUCCUACACUAAAUUAUGAUGUAAAGUUGGAUUGAGAAUGUAUCAUGCUUUAUGUGUAAAGUAUUGUCUGUUUCAAAGAUGAAUCCAAUGUCACAUUCCUAAUUUUCAGUCA